GGUCAGUGCGCGCGCCGCUGCUGCCAGAGACGCUUCUGCGCUUCCAGAAGAGCAAGAGACGCACAGAAGACACCGGCGCUGAUGAGCUGGGGACUAUUGUGAGACUUUACAGGUUUUUGGUAUCGUUCUCGCACUUUUAAACUGUUUGCGAGGAAGUCAUCGCGUCUGUUGUGGAUUUUACUUUUUUCUGAGAUCAUGAACUUAAGUGUUAUGCGCUGAAAUCUUCAUUCACGGAGUUUUAACCGGUGGGCUUUCUACAUUUAAAGGUUUCUAUUUGGACACCAGGACUCCAUCUGCGUCUCUGAUAUGGGCCUUUAGUUUUAUACCUCUCAUAUCGUCUUUCCUGGAGUGAAUUUGGCUGGUUUAAAACAUUUACGCUCUUCCAGAAAUGGUGGGGCAUUUACAUUUGCAAGCUAUGGAUGAGAGUUUGAAAGGAAAGAACCGGGAGGGACUGCUUGAUAGUCCGGAUUCAGGACUCCCUCCAAGCCCCAGUCCACCCUUCUACUCUCUGUCACCGGGGAUCCUCGAGUCACGCUCCGGCAGCUGCUCAACCCCAAAUGAGCUGCAAGGAUACUGCAGAAAGGAGAGCCGGGAAGGCAAACUGCUGCCAUACUUGCUCCUGAACUCUCAAGGUCCAGAUGCGAAGUCACGCAUGUACCCUGUGGUCUAUGGAGAGAGCAUCGAGGUUAACCCCAAACCAGAAAAAGAGAUCAAGUUCAACUCUGCGGUGAAGUAUGCUUCAGACAGACACUUCCGUGACCAGGUGUUCUGUGCCCAGGUCCCGACCGCCACAUCCUUCAGCGAGACGGUGGUGGCCGUUCAGAACUGCACGUGGCGCAGCUACAAGUCAGAGGUUCAUUUCGAGCCACGGCACAGGCCGCUACACUUCCAAAGCACGACCAUCGUGUUCCCCAAGCACACCCGGAAUACAUACCGCACCACACUGAACUACAACGGCAACAGAAACGCAGCCGGGCGCCGGCGGUUUGUGUCCACAGUCAGGCUGGAGUCCACCGAGGACACCAGUCCAUGCAUCAUUUACACAGAAGACCUCUGAGAGACACACAUGAGAGAUGUGUUAUCCUUCCCGAAAUUGGUUAAGAGAGCUACAGUGAGAGUACAUGGACUAAAACCCUGAUUCAAUGAUGGACGCUCACUGAGGGUUAUUUUGUUCUUUUGCUUCCAGUGACAUUGGUACUUGAUGUUGGAGAUGAGCUGGAGUGGAGUGUGUGUUUGCGGUCUUUACAUGCGUUUUAGGUGUCAGUGAUGUAUUAAUGUACAUCUGGAGAUUUUUUCUUUUAAUUUUAAUAUCCAGUCGUACCAGUCAGGUGAAGGGAAAAGCAUUUGGGGCAAAAAAAAAAGUUUCUGCUGUUUGCUGAUUCACAGGCCUACGAGGAAUCUAAGCACGCAGAUUUACACAGAACUCAAAAGAAUGUCAGUUAAAAAUUCCAAAAAUUAAAUCACAGUCUUUUUAUUAGUCAUUAUGUGUCUGGUACUAAAAUUUAGCUUGGUUUUAUUUUUUAUUUGAAUACUUUGGCUUAUUUGAUAAGAUUGUAAUCCCAAAAUAAAACCGUUGGACUUUUAUGCAAUUUUCCAUUUUAAUUAUACCAUAAAAUUCUGCCAAUAUUCCUCCCAAAAAUGUAAAAACAUGUGGGCCCACUUUAUUGUCUUAGUAUUGCUGAUUCUUACAAAUGCUCAAACAGGAAAGAGUUCAUAAUUAAAACAAAAUGCAUUAGCACAUUAUAUGUGGACGAGAACACAAAGUCAUUAGACCUUAGUCAGAUUAGAUGCUGUAAUGAAUUUAACAGACGUAAAAAAUUAAACGUGCUAACCAUGACUAAAGCCUACUGGCAUAAAUAAGUAGACUAUCAGAACUGGCUGAGGAAAUAUAAACUAUUUAAGUUGCACUUUUGGAAAGUUGUUUUUUUGUUUUGUUUUUUGGCUGUAAAUGUGUUGGUAUGACUAAGGGCAAAUCAACGUGUAGGAGCACUUGAAAGGUUGGACCAAAGAUUCUGUAAAAUUCAGAGAAAGGGAAAUACAACCUUAAAUAUUUCCUCCCUUUCUGUUUGUACCUCAGAAAACGUGGAAUAAGAGUUUGAGAAGCCGCCCGACGUGCUAAUAUUUCAGUGGCCAAAAUAAGAGCUGCACUCACAGAAUGACAGGAAACAGAAGGUUGUAUUUGAAAUAACUGGACUGAGCAUGUGUUAGAUGAGAGAAUUCAGCACAUUCUGAUCUCAGACGCUGGAUUUGUGAGACAGGUUUAAUCUCUGAACAGUGACGAGGUUCUUUGACCUCCUGAAGCCUGUACGGUUGUCAAAGGUAAUGAGUCAUUUCUGACAUUUUUCGGAGCCAGUUUGUCUCAGUCUGAGCUCCUGUCUCCUCCAGCGAGUGCAUUUCCUCUUUUGUGGAGCAGAGCUGUUGUUGUUUAGGAAGGCGAUGAGAUGUAACGGAGCAGAGAUUUUGACUGAGCAGUAAAGCAUUGUGGAGGUGUAAGUACGUCAUGUCUGUCUUAUGUCUGGAGUCUGGACUAUACACUUUCAAAUCUGUAGAAGCUGAAGUGGGUUUUGUAAAUGUGGAUCUCUUACCUCAAUCAUUUUCUUUUUUCAUUUCUGAUUUUAUAUAAAUCUGGUGACUGAAAAUAGAAAAACAAUAGAGUAUGUUUCCGUCUGGUAUGUGGAUGUGUUUGAGUUUUGAGAGGAAAUGUUUGGCAGUAUGAAUCAAAAGAGCUUAGUUUAACUAGUGUAAUACAGGAAACUAGUGUAUGUACAGUAUAUUCCAUGACACGACGAAAAAAUCAUCAGGGGUUGAUAAGAGAUGAAAUUACAGGAAGGCAUGACCGAGAAAUUACUUCCUGUUCACUCAAGAUGGACAUUUGAUAAGUUGAUAGAGGAAUUUUAGCAAUGUGUUGAAAGCAGAUCCGAGGGGAGAUGUUUUAUGUUUUUCCACAUGUAUGAAAUUUUAUGAUUACAUUUGUUUGGUGUACAAAUGCUUUCCACUAACAGAUGGAUUUUGUUUGAUUUCCUAACAUGGUGAUUUGUGUUUCUGUAAAAUACUUUCCUGUUGUAUAUGUGGCAUACAGCACUCGUAAUUCUCUUUAUAUUUUUGUAUAAUUCCCAACUUAAUGGUCUUCUUUUGGACAACAGAUGAGAAAAUAAUUUAAGAAAAAAAAAAUGUAUAUCCAAACCGAUUAAAUAAAAGCCCCAGACCCUA